UCGCCCCGUCCCGCUCGGAUCAGCCCCGCCGCAAGGCAGCUCCGCUCCACUCCUCCGGGGCCGCGGCUGGGUCUCCUCUCGGGGUGGCCUGCAGCUUUUCAGGUUUUGUUUUCGGGUGCAGUUAGCGCGGGUACGCGCCCUAACCCACCGCCGCCAUGGAUGCCAUCAAGAAGAAGAUGCAGAUGCUGAAGCUGGACAAGGAGAACGCCUUGGACAGAGCCGAGCAAGCCGAAGCGGACAAGAAGGCUGCGGAGGAGAGAAGCAAGCAGCUGGAGGACGAGCUGGUGGCUCUACAAAAGAAGCUGAAGGGCACUGAGGAUGAGCUGGACAAAUACUCCGAGUCCCUUAAAGAUGCACAGGAAAAGUUGGAACUGGCUGACAAAAAGGCCACAGAUGCUGAGAGCGAAGUAGCUUCUCUGAACAGACGCAUCCAGCUGGUUGAGGAAGAGUUGGAUCGGGCUCAGGAGCGCUUGGCUACUGCCCUGCAGAAGCUGGAGGAGGCUGAGAAGGCUGCAGAUGAGAGUGAAAGAGGAAUGAAGGUCAUUGAAAACAGAGCCCAGAAGGAUGAAGAGAAGAUGGAAAUCCAAGAGAUCCAGCUUAAAGAAGCUAAGCACAUUGCUGAAGAGGCUGACCGCAAGUAUGAAGAGGUGGCUCGUAAGCUUGUAAUCAUUGAGAGUGACCUGGAACGAGCUGAGGAACGUGCUGAGCUCUCAGAAAGCCAAGUCCGACAGCUGGAAGAACAAUUAAGAAUAAUGGAUCAAACCUUGAAAGCAUUAAUGGCUGCAGAGGAUAAGUACUCACAGAAAGAAGACAAAUACGAAGAGGAGAUUAAAGUCCUGACUGACAAACUGAAGGAGGCUGAGACCCGUGCUGAAUUUGCUGAGAGGUCGGUAACUAAGCUGGAGAAAAGCAUUGAUGACCUAGAAGACCAACUCUACCAGCAACUUGAGCAAAACAGUCGCCUAACUAAUGAACUAAAGCUGGCAUUGAAUGAGGACUAAACUGUAGUGUGACUAUAUUGUGAACUUACUUGUUUAAAAAUGGCUUCUUCCAAAUUUCCUUAAGAAUGAAUCAGUAAAUGUAGAACUAAGCAAGAAACCUAGAAAUUGAUUUUGUUUCUUUUCAGAUUGUUGAUCCUGUGGUAAAUUAAUGGAUUAAAUAAUCAAUUUCUAUUAAAAAAUAUGGAAAUGCUUCUUCUAGAUGAGGCAUUUCAUUAUCUGUAUGCACAGUAAGAGCAGAAAGCUCUUUGGCUAUGUGAUAGCUCCUUCCUACUUCAGUAAACAGCUACAGCAUUUAGCUAAGUGUCCAAAAAAAGUAAGAGCCUACCCUGUAGAGAGGCACUCAGUUUACCAGAUAUCAUGAACUGCUUCUGAGAUUUUUACUAGAAUGCGGAUGAAACCAAAAUGUUCACCAGGAUUCAUAUUUCCGUAUUUCAUACUCAACAUAAAGGAUAUUUAGAGCCAUUUUGUUAUCUGGAGACCUUAAUGCAAUCCUUUGCUAUGAAUUGGGCUUGUGUUUUGAUAUAACAAAGCACACAAACAAACUAGGAAUGGGAGCUCCAUCUGAAAACACCUGGUCAGUUUAAAGGUAUGCUUGCAUUGUUAUGAAGUGACUAUUACUGGAUUCAGCUCUAGGAUGCAGCUCUAGAACACUGUGCUGAUUUAUUGUAUCAAAUAAGUAUAUUAAAUGACUGUCCUAUAAAAGUGUGCAUGCAACAUAAAGCUACUAACUUUGAUUUUAUUUAUUUUCUAAAAGAAACAAAUUUCUAGAAGGUUACUUCACUGAAGAAGUGAUUAGUUGUACUUUUUUUGUUCUUUGUAAGUUCUGAAUUACAUGAAACAAAGUAUGGAUCUGCAAAGAACUUAUUUCCUUUAUUGCUCUACUGUAGAAAACAAAACCAAACCAAAACAAGCUGCUUAUCAUCCCACAUUACUAUAAGUAACGAGCUUCCAGAAUGUGCAAGAAUUACAUCUAUUGGCAGUGCAUUUUCUUAACAAGUGCAGCUGUGAACAGUUCUAA